CCUACAGAGAGCGCAGUACGGUUCCCUACUCACACACCAACAUCAUGAGGACUCUGGUUGUUUUGGCAGUGUUGGGAGUGUGCUCGGCUUCACCAGCCAUAGGAGACACUCCAGAAGUGGCGGCCGAGAAAGCUCGCUUCUUCCAAGCUUUCAGAGCUGCUGAGGCAGCCGCUAAGCCACACUAUAGCUCCUAUCCCCAACAAGCCUACAGCUCCUACCCCCAACAGGCCUACAACCCGUCCUACCACCACCACAACACCGGCCAAUACCACCAUGCCCCAGCUCAGCCUAAGUGGCAUGGCCCCGUGGCUGCCACCAUACCUGCCGGUGUUGAUGGUACCAUUACCCCAGUGUCUGACACCAGGGACGUUGCUGCUGCCCGCAGCUCUUUCUUCAACGCCUACCAAGCUCAGCUUGCUGCCACUGCAGGUGCUGUUCCCAGCCCUCACUACCAGAGAGCUCCUUCCUACAAAUCAGCCCCUUCUUACACCCCUCACUAUCAGCACCAACCCAAGUGGGUCGGCCCCGUGGCUGCCACCAUCCCCGCUGGUCUUCCUGGCUCCACCAACCAGGUUGCUGACACCCCCGAAGUGGCCGCAGCUAAACAGUCCUUCUUCAGCACCUACCAGAGGCAGGCAGCAGCAGCGGCUCCUCCAACACGCUACUACUGAACCCUACUGCCAUAAUUAAGCAAAGUGCAUAGUCAGAAAAUUAAACAUUUUAUGUAUAUCUGUGUAAAGAAACAAGAUUAAAUUUAAAAUGUAUACAAAUUCUUU